AUGGAAUGUGUCCCCAAUGUGUUUGAUAAAAUGUUAUUCAUAAACAAUGAAUGGUGUGACUCCAGCUGUGGCAAGAAAAUUCCUGUGAACAAUCCUGCUACAGGAGAAAAAAUAUGUGAAGUUGAAGAAGCUGAUAAAGAAGAUGUGGAUAAAGCUGUCAAAGCAGCUAGGAAAGCCUUUGAGUUGGGAUCACCAUGGCGGAGAAUAGAUGCUUCAGAGAGAGGACGGUUCUUGCAUAAACUGGCUGAUCUGGUUGAAAGAGAUCAACUCAUUUUAAGUACAAUAGAAACAAUGGAUUCUGGAAAGCUUUUCUUGAAUGCCUACUUCAUUGAUUUGGUUGCUGCAAUUAAAACACUGCGCUAUUAUGGUGGAUGGGCAGACAAAAUACAAGGAAAAACUAUUCCUGUAGAUGGAGAAUAUUUUACUUUUACAAGACAUGAACCAAUUGGAGUUUGUGGUCAAAUCAUUCCAGCUGGAUUUCCACCUGGAGUAGUUAAUAUUGUGCUUGGUUAUGGUCCAGUAACAGGAGCUGCAAUAGCCAAUCAUAUGGACAUUGACAAAGUAGCCUUCACGGGAUCAACAAAGGUUGGAAAACUGAUAAAAGAAGCUGCUGGAAAAAGCAACCUGAAAAGAGUAACUCUUGAGCUUGGAGGGAAAAACCCCAAUAUAGUAUUCGCUGAUGCUGAUGUGGAUUAUGCUGUAGAACAGGCCCACCUUGGUCUCUUUUUCAACAAUGGGCAGUGUUGCCUAGCAGGAUCUCGAAUAUUUGUGGAGGAGUCAAUUUAUGAAGAAUUUGUUCGCAAAAGUGUGGAGCGUGCCAAGAGGUGUGUCCUUGGGGAUCCCUUUAAUCCAGGAGUGGAUCAGGGACCGCAGAUUGAUAAAAAGCAGUUUGACAAUAUUUUGGAGCUGAUUGAAAGUGGAAAGAAGGAGGGAGCAAAGCUUGAAUAUGGUGGAUCAUCUUGGGGGAACAAAGGCCUCUUCAUUCAGCCAACUGUUUUUUCAGAUGUCACAGAUCACAUGCGCAUAGCCAAAGAAGAGAUAUUUGGCCCUGUUCAACAAAUUAUGAAGUUUCAAACACUAGAAGAAGUCAUUAAACGAUCCAACAACAGUUGCUAUGGUUUGGUAGCGGGAGUGUUUACAAAAGACAUUAAUAAGGCACUAACAAUUGCUUCAUCACUCGAAGUUGGCACAGUCUGGGUUAACUGCUACAAUGCCAUGGGCUGUCAGUCUCCAUUUGGAGGGUUUAAAAUGUCUGGAAAUGGACGAGAGAUGGGAGAAUAUGGUCUACAAGAGUAUACAGAAGUCAAGACUGUUACCAUCAGAGUCCCUCUCAAGAACUCCUAA